CUUUAUUACCCCUUUAUACUAUACUUUAUAUAUCUCUAUUAUAGUAUCACUAUUAUAAACUAUUUUAUCUAUAUAUCUACUUUAGUAUCUUACUUUAUAACCUUACUUAAGGUUAGAUUUAAAAAAACUCUCGCGUGUGACGGCGCUGAUACUCGGGAUCAUGUGAGCGGGGUGGUAGGCGGUGAAGGAAUGGACAGGCAGAAUACCAGGCCUAUGACCCCCUCUUGGGGCCUCAUCUCCUGGCUUCUUCUUUUUCCCCCUAACCUAGUCUUCUAG